AUGGGCUAUGGACACGACUGGGAGCAAAAGUGUCUGAAUUCGGAACUAUGGCAUGCAUGUGCUGGACCGCUUGUGUCUUUACCUGCUGUUGGAAGUCGUGUAGUGUACUUUCCUCAGGGUCACAGUGAGCAGGUAGCUGCAUCUACCAACAAGGAAAUUGAUGCUCACAUCCAAUAUCCAAACUUACCUCCGCAGUUGAGUCAGCUUCACAAUGUAACUAUGCAUGCAGAUGCAGAGACAGAUGAAGUUUAUGCCCAAAUGACAUUGCAACCCUUGAGCCUGGUAAUUGACAGCACUGUAUGCUUGAGGAAACAAAAAGAUCUUUAUCUUCCUGCUGAACUGGGUACUCUGAGCAAGCAGCCAACCAACUAUUUCUGCAAGACACUGACUGCAAGUGACACCAGUACGCAUGGUGGGAUUUUCUGUUCCCGCCGUCAGCCUGAAAAAGUCUUCCCCCCCCAGGAUUUUUCCCAGCACGCCCCUGUGCAGGAGUUGAUUGCAAGGGACCUUCAUGAUAAUGAGUGAAAUUUCGUCACAUUUUUCGCGGGUCAGCCAAAGAGGCAUCUUCUGACAACAGGAUGGAGUGUUUUCGUAAGUGCAAAACGACUGGUUGCAGGUGAUUCAGUCAUUUUUAUCUGGAAUGAAAAUAAUCAGUUGCUUCUGGGUAUUCGGCGUGCUACGCCGCAAACAGUUAUGCCUUCAUCAGUAUUAUCAUGUGAUAGCAUGCAUAUUGGACUUCUUGCUGCUGCAGCCCAUGCUGCUGCUACCAAUAGCCGCUUUACUAUAUUUUAUAAUCCCAGGGCAAGUCCUUCUGAAUUUGUCAUACCGUUAGCUAAGUAUGUUAAAGCAGUUUAUCACACCCGUGUUUCUGUGGGUAUGCGUUUUAGAAUGCUGUUUGAGACAGAAGAGUCUAGUGUUCGCCGUUACAUGGGCACGAUCACAGGGAUUAGUGAUCUGGAUCCUGUGCGCUGGCAAAACUCACAUUGGCGUUCUGUAAAGGUUGGUUGGGAUGAGUCGACUGCUGGGGAAAGGCAGCCAAGGGUUUCCCUUUGGGAGAUUGAGCCUCUGACGACGUUUCCAAUGUAUCCAUCUGCCUUCCCUCUUAGACUUAAACGUCCAUGGCCAUCAGGCUUAUGCAUAAUUCAUAUCUACCAUGCAUCUGCAGGUGGCAAGGAUGAUGAAAUUGGUCUAAAUCUUCCACCUAUGUGGCUUCGGGAUGGGGACCAUGGGUUGCCGUCUUUGAGUUUUCAGGGACUUGGAGUGACACCUUGGAUGCAGCCUAGACUUAAUGCUUCAAUGCUUGGUCUCCAGCCUGAUACCCAAGCAAUGGCUGCGGCAGCACAGCAGGAGAUGAGGACCAUGGAUCCUUCAAAACAGACAUCGGCAAUUCUACAAUUCCAACCACCUCAAAGCUUGACUAGCAGAUCCACUCUAUUGCAGCAGCAGCAGCUGCAGCCACCACUGAUUCAACAGCAGCAGCCACAUCAAAGGUUGCAACAGCAGCAGCAGCAACAGUUGCAACAGCAGCAGCAGCAGCAACAAUUGCAACAGCGGCAGCAUCAGCAGCCACAGCAACAGCAAAUACAUCAGCAGCAUCAACAGUCACAACAGCACCAGCAAAUCCAGCAGACACACUUGUGUAAUCUUCAGCAAAUCCCUAAUGUCGUCUCAAGCCUCUCACAGCUUGCCUCUACUUCUCAGUCCUCAUCAUUGCAAACAUUAUCUUCAUUUUGCCAACAACAAACCUUUCCACACACCAAUAUGAACCCAGCAUCCAUGUCUGGUGUCCCCUUACAUAGUAUUUUGCGCUCAUUCUCUCCUGAAGAAACAUCGAACAUUCUUAAUUUUCCUCGAACCAGCUCAGUAAGCACUUCAGGCACAUGGUCAUCCAAGCGACUAGCAGUUGAAUCCAUGCUCGGAACUCAGUGCAUGCAGCCCCAGGUUGAACAGUUAGACCAACAGUCGAACAUAUCUCAGCACUCUGUCACUUUACCACCAUUUCCAGGGAAAGAUUGCUUGCUUGACCAGGAAUGCAACACAGAUCCUCAAAAUCAUCUGCUUUUUGGUGUUCAUAUAGAUUCUUCGCCUCUUUUGAUGCAGAAUGGCAUGAGAAACCUUAGGAGUGUUGGCAGUGAGACUGAUUCAACAGCCAUGCCAUUUCUGACUGCUGCAGGAACGGAUUUCCCAUUGAAUCAGGUAUUAACGAGUUCCAGUUGUGCAGAAGAACCGGGAUUGUUUGAAAAUGGGCAUGUGAACCCACAAAAUGGAACCUUUGUUAAGGUUUACAAAUCAGGGUCCUUCGGAAGGUCACUGGAUAUUACCAGAUUUAACAACUACCCGGAGCUGCGAAGUGAGCUUGGGCGACUGUUUGGCCUUGAAGGCCAGUUGGAGGACCCUAUGAGAUCAGGCUGGCAGCUUGUAUUCGUCGACCGGGAAAAUGAUGUUCUUCUCCUAGGCGAUGAUCCCUGGCAAGAGUUUGUUAAUAAUGUGUGGUGCAUAAAGAUACUCGCGCCAGAAGUGCAGCAGAUGGGCAAAGGGGGUGAACUUCCGAGCGCAGCCCCAGGCAAGAGGCUUCCAGGCAGCGGCUGUGAUGGAUAUGCGAGCAGGCAAGACUCGAGAAACAUGAGCAAUGGAUUGCUUCUGUGAUGCCUCUGGACUGAAAAGAAAUAGGAGAACAGAGAACAUGAAAUCCCAUGAGUUUGAAGUCCAGAACUCUCGUCAUCUUGCUGUCUUGCCCAUCACACAGUACUGUUUCGUCAGAGUAAGUAGCUUGGUCUAUGUAUGUCUCUAGUAACUGUAUUAUAGGUAAUGCCACGCGACUUCGAUAUAAUUUUAUCAGAAUAUGUUUUUGUGAAGCUAGGCAUUUUUAUAAUCUUAUACUCUCUUCCUGCGAUGCUUUAUUUCCCAACUCGUUGAAACCAA